GGGGGGAAGGGUGUGGAUCAGCCAGAGGGCCUCACAGAAGCAUCACCAGAAGGAGCCUCCACCACCAUGUUGCGCACCUGCUUCGUCCUGCCUCUCCUCGCCGUCGCCGUCACUUCCAUCACCACAUCCCACUACGUCAAGGUGGACAAUUCCUUCCCUGACACCAUCGCGCCGUGCCUGCUCAACUCCUACAUUUUCCAGCCCACUGACAAGAUGAGCAUGAAUCUGAGGUGCGGCGCCGUGUGCAGCGAGAUCCCGUACUGCUCCCUCUACUGCUUCAAGGGCAACAAAUGUGAUUUUUUCCACGCCAAGGUGACGAACGCGUGGGUGGGGCCAGGCAGCGGCGUGUUUGCGUAUGACUACUGCUACUCUAUUCACCCGGCACUCGGGGACGUGGCACUGGGCGCCACCACGGCGUCCUCCUCGGUCUACAGCUCUUUCUACAACUACUAUCCCACACAAGUAAACUUCUUUUGUCAGACGGAGGCCGCUUGUUAUGAGAGUCUAGUGGACAACUCGCCGUGGUGGAGGGCUGACUUUGGGUCACCCAGAAGGGUGACCCGAGUCAGAAUCAGUCUCACUGCCCUCAUUGACAUCAACAUCGUAGAGUUCCGAGUGGGCAACGACACCACCGUCACUAACAACCCUGAGCUGCUGCCCAAGCCCACCUUUACCCCGACCUUCGGCCUGGAGGUGGUGGCAGAGACGCCCAUUGUCGGGAGGUACUUUUUCGUGACGGAGCCGCAUUAUUCCGACAUCCGCAUUUGUGACGUGUGGGUUUUGACCAAGUGAGGCAGCUCCUCCACCAGCCUGUGGUGGAGUGAGCUGACCUGACGUGGUGAUUUAACCUGUCUUGGUGACCUGAUUUGAUGGGGUGCUGGCAGAGUUGAUGUAACUUAAAGAGACGCUGACAUGACUUGACGAUGUGCUAACUUAACAUGAUGGGAUACUAUUUUGACAGGAUGCUGAUAUGUGACCUGACAGGGUGCUGGUAAGCUUGGCGGAGUUGCUGACCUCACGUAAUCCAGCUUACGUAAUUGUGCCGGUACUAUAUUUAUCUCUAAUCUUAAGAGUUUGAUUAAAUGGUUGUUGUAUAUAAUAGUAUAUAAUAAAUACGAUAUGAUAUAUAUUAUUUAGAACGCAAGUAUGUGUAACACUGGAAUGUACAUAAGAAUAAACAGACAAAAUAAAUGUUUCAACGUCCAC